ACGGACCGUCCAUCUGUAACGGCCUCUCGUCUCUGACCCCAGGAAGUAGUGAGGCAUAAUGACUGCUCUUGGGGGGAGGCCCAAGGGCACCCCGGGGUGGGCAGCCAUCGCCUGUUCUGCCUCAUCUGCCUCACCACUUCCUCCUUCCCCGCCGUCUGCCACCUUCCCUCCCUGGGCGGCCUGAACGCUGGCCCACUUCUUGACCUGUGGGGUGGGACGGCGUUCGGGGGGCCCUGCUGGAGCCCAGGCCUCUUCCGGUGGGAGCAACAGAUCUCCUGGGAACCCGAGACCGGAUCACAGUGGAACUGGUGCUUGUGGGAAACGGAACUAGAUGGGUGUCUCCGGGGGGCUCUGUUGUGGCCCUAGCUGGACGGGACGCUCGGUGGGCUUGCUCACGUCCAAGGCGCCAGGGUGUCCCCCGAGGACUUCUGCUCUGUUCCCCAUGUUUGUCCGGCGUUGGCAGGAACGUUCGAGCAGCCACAAUGCGUCAGGCUCUGAGCAGCUUCCUGGGGGUCGUGAGCUGGAGCGGGGUCCCCACCUGCCCGCAUGGCUUCCAGCCCGCUCCACCAGGCCUGCGCUGGCCCAUGUCUCCGGAAGAGCCUGCAGCGGGGGCUCGUCGUAGUGGGAGAAGCAGCGACAGACUGACUCACAAGCAAAGCUCUGAAGGAUGUGCAGAGGCCUGCCUGGCAAACGGGAGGCCGUCUCUCCUCCGACCCCAACCCUGUGGCAGUGUCCUCAGGGCACCUGUGUUCCCGGGGAGGCCUCCCUGCUGACCCGCAGCCUGUCCUCUUCCCCCAGCGGCCCGCGGGUAUGCGAAGCCCCUGGCACUGAGGCCGCCACCCGGGCAUGGAGGGCCCCGCGGAGGAGCCGGCCCCGAAGGGGAGAGGGCCCACGGCGGCACCCUCGGGAGGCGGCGGUGGCGGUGGCCACAAGGCCCAGAGAGUGGCCAUGAGCCCAUCGGUCGUCUGGGAGCGAGCAGGGCCCGAGGAGGCCGAGGCGCUUGUCGGAGGCGAUGCCAGUCCUCCCCCUGGGGGCUCCGGGCCGGCUGCUGGGACCCCUCCUGGCCAGAUGGGCACGUACCCCACAGACCUGACCUUGCAGCUGCUGGCCGUGCGGAAGAAGACGGGGCUGCCGGACCCCAGCCUGCAGCAGACCGUGAGGAGCCGGCUCCGCCUGUUGGAAAAUGACAGCCGGGAGGUGGCCCGUGCGCUGGGGGAGCUGUCGGCCAGGCUGCUGUCUAUCCACAGUGACCAGGAUCGGAUCGUGGUGACCUUUAAGACUUUCGAGGAAAUCUGGAAGUUCUCCACCUACCACGCUCUUGGCUUCACUCAUCACUGCCUGGAAAACCUACUCGUGGACCAGGCCUUCUGGCUGCUCUCACCCAACGAGGACGAGGAGACAGCUGUCCAAGUCCAUGUGGACCAGGAGGCCUUGAGGCUGACGCACGAGAGCCUCCUCGCCCAGGAAGGUCCUGUCUUCGUCCUGUGUCCUGACCACCGUGUGCGAGUGAAGACCAGCCCCCGGGGUGCAGGGAGCGGCCCCCGGGCCCUCAGGCGAGCCUCGGGGGUUCCCCAGGGAGAGGCAGCCCCGGCAGUGGACCCUUGCGCUCCCAGCCCCGGCACGUCCUCCGAGGAGGUGGCAGCAGCGGCCACUCCAGAAACUUUGAUUCCAUUUCAUCAAUGGGCUCUUAGGGUCCCCUGGGACCCCAUCGACGACUCCAUGAAUGGACCUGUGACAUCGGACAUCCCACUGAUGGCCACGGGCCUGGCCACGGCGGUGGCAGACUACCAGGGCUCCGGGCCUGAAGAGAUGACCUUCCGAGGCGGCGACAUCAUCGAGGUCCUGGGCGCCCAGGUGCCCGGCCUGCCCUGGUGCCUGGGCCGGCACACGGCCUCGGGCCAGGUCGGGUUUGUGCAGACGAGUCUCGUCAGUGUGCAGGGCCAAGUGUCUGAGCUGGAAAAUGUGAUUUUUCUCAAUGAAGAAGAAAGGUCAUUCUUCAGCAAUGAAGGACGCUUUUCGGAGGAGGACGCCAGGCAGCUACUGAGGAGGGUGUCUGGCGCAGACGUCUGCACGGUGUACAGCUUGGACAGAUUAGAAGAAGCCGAGUUUGACCAGCUGGAAGAACAAGAAAUGCCUCAGCCUUGCCUGCACCCAGAGCCACGUGAGACCCUCCAGAAGGUGAAGAAUGUUCUAGAGCAAUGCAAGUCCGGCCGAGGCUGCCCCGAGGAGCCGGUGUCCUGGGGUCUGUGCACGGCGUCCAGUGGUGCAAGCUCACGGGACAGCGAGGAGCCCUCCUUCUGCUUGGACGCGGGCGCCGACUGGGCCCACCCGGAGGCCCUGGGCUCGCUGCUGCUGUUCCUGGACGCGCCUGGGUACAAGGCCUGCUUCCGUGGCCUGUACGACCUCUCCCUGCCGGGGCUGAGCACCCUGUUCUGUGGCUUCAGCGACGAGAAGGAGCUGGCCGGGCACUUGGCACAGGCCCGGGCGGCGGCCAAGAAGGCCGGCUUCCGCAUGGCCCUCGCCAGGCUCUGCUUCCUCCUGGGGCGGCUGUGUGUGCGCAGCCUCAAGCUGUCCCAGGCCCGCGUAUACUUCGAGGAGGCUCUGGGGGCGCUGGGGGGCCGCUUUGGCGACCUCUUCCUGGUGGUGGCCGUGUACGCCAACCUGGCCACCAUUCACCUGAAGCAGAAGAACAGGGACAGGUGUGCGCGGGUGGUGCCCAAAGCCUCGGCCCUGCUCCUGGGGACGCCCGGCCACGUGUGCAGCACCGAGGCCGAGUCGGAGCUCCUGAGGCAUGCCCUGCGCCGGGCCAUCCUCUGCCGGAGCCCCCAGGCCGAGGCCCGGGCCUGCUUCCUGCUGGCCAAGCACCACGCCCGCCUCAAGCAGCCCGAGGCGGCGCUGCCCUUCCUGGAGAGGCUGCUGCUGCUGCACGCGGCCUCGGGCUCCCCGGAGGCCUGCUGGCCGGCGGACGGCUACCUGCUCCUGGCCGACAUCUACAGCCGCCAGCGCCUGCCACACCUGGUGCUCAGCUGCGUCAGGGCGGCCUCGCUGCGGGCCCGCGGCUCGCCGGGCGGCUCGCUCCGGAGCGCGGACCUGGUCCUCCGGAACUCGCCCCGGCGCCACCGGCCGCCCUCCCAGACAGCGCCCUACCUCCGGCGGGCACUGGCCUCGGCGGCCUCGGGCCCCCUGCGCGGCCCCCUCUGCGCCAGCCUGGCCCGGCUGCACAGCCACCACGGGCAGCAGGCCAGGGCCAUCGCCUGCAUGACGCAGGCCGUGGACGCGGCCGUGGGCGCCGGCGGCCGCCUGGCCGUGGACUACGUGGUGGCGCUGGCCUGGUUGUACGUGCUUCACGGGCAGAGCGCGGUGGCCCUGGACAUCCUCGAGUCCGUCCUGGACGUGGCGGUGGCCAGCGUGGACCAGGAGGGCGCGAUCGCCAACGUGGCGGCCGUGGCCCUGAGGAGGACCGGCAGGACCCGGCAGGCGGCCGAGGGCUACUACCGCGCCCUGCGAGUGGCCCGGACCCGGGGCCAGCUGCGGAACCAAGCGGUGGUCCUGGCCAAUUUCGGGGCCCUGUGCCUGCAGGCCGGCGCGGGGGGCCUGGCCCAGCACUACCACCUGGAGGCCGUGAAGCUCUUCUCGCGGCUGCCCGGCAGGGAGCGCGGCCAGGACUUCACCCGGGUGCUCUUGAGGCUGGGCCACCUGUAUACCCGCAGGGCCCUCGCCCGAGAGGGCAAGUGUUACUACGAGUGGGCCUUUCUGGUCGCCGUGGAGACGGACCACUUGGAGGGCCAGCUGCGAGCCGUCCAGCAACUGUGUCACUUCUACAGCAGAGUCUUGCCCAGUAAGGCCCAGUGCGUCGUCUACCACGAGUUUCAGCUCUCGCUGGCCGGCAGGGUGGCCGACAAGGCGCUGGAGGGCCAGCUCCUGGAGACCCUCAGCCAGCUCUACCUGUCGCUGGGCACUGAGCGGGCCUACAAGUCCGCGCUGGACUACACCAAGCGCAGUCUGGGGAUCUUCAUUGACCUCCAGAAGAAGGAGAAGGAGGCGCAUGCCUGGCUGCAGGCAGGGAAGAUCUACUACAUCCUCCAGCAGAACGAGCUGGUGGAUCUCUACAUCCAGGUGGCACAGAAUGCGGCCCUGUACACGGGGGACCCCAACCUGGGGCUGGAGCUGUUUGAGGCGGCUGGGGACAUCUUCUUCAAUGGGACCUGGGAGCGAGAGAAAGCAGUGUCCUUCUACCGGGAUCGGGCGCUUCCACUGGCCGUGACCACAGGGAACCAGGAGGUGGAGCUGCGGUUGUGCAACAAGCUGGUGGCGCUGCUGGCCGAGCUGGAGUCGCCCCGCGAGGGCCUGGAGUUCGCCCACGUGGCCCUGGCGCUGAGCAUCACCCGGGGGGACCGGCUGAACGAGCGAGUGGCCUACCACCGGCUGGCGGCCCUGCACCAGCGGCUGGGCCACGGCGAGCUGGCGGAGCACUUCUACCUCAAGGCUCUGUCGCUCUGCAGCUCUCCCCUGCAGUUCGAUGAGGAGACCCUGUACUAUGUGAAAGUGUAUCUGGUGCUCGGCGACAUCAUCUUCUACGAUCUGAAGGACCCCUUCGACGCGGCCGGGUACUACCAGCUGGCGCUGGCCGCGGCGGUGGACCUGGGCAACAAGAAGGCCCAGAUGAAGAUCUACAUGCGCCUGGCCACCAUCUACCACAACUUCCUCCUGGACCGCGAGAAGUCCCUCUUCUUCUACCAGAAGGCCAGGACCUUUGCCACCGAGCUCAACAUCCGCAGGGUCAACCUGGCCCCGGAGCGGUGCUGGGGGCGGGCGCCCUGGCUGGCCCCCAGCGCCCCGCCCUGAGGACCACUGUCCCCACCUCUCCUAGUGUCUCUGCGAGGCUCAUUUUCUGGGAAACGGAGGCACGGAGGUGGGGGGUCCCAUAGCAAUACGUGAUUUUGCAGGAGUCUGCUCGAACCUGCAAGGCCCCGUCCCCCACUCUGCCUCCAGGGGAGUGCCCAGGGCCCAGGCCCCGUCCCCGGGGACCACCCUGCAGCUGCACCUCAUCCGCGGCGAUGAGCUGGAAGGACUGGUCCCCCUGCCGGCCCCCCACACCCAGUUCCCCCACAUCAGAGUGAAGGUGGCUGUGGGGUUCCCUGGGCAUCUUCUUUCUCCCUUGCCCAUGCCCUCGCUGUGUGUCCGGCUCUGGCCCUGCCUGUAGCCCUCAAACUGCCCUCACGGGGCCUGCACGGUUGGGGCUGGUACCGUCUUCAUUUCCAGUGGAGGAGAUGGAGGCACAGAGAGGGUAGGUGCCCGGCCCACCAUCACACAGCAGGUAGGUGGGGCCGAGUGUACCACCUGCCCGCCUGCCCCAAGGGAUGCAUCUGCCGUAGGACCCAAGGGCGGGUCCGAGAACAGGGUGUUAGCACGUCAGUGUCCCGAAGGCAACAGAGACAGGGCAAGGGGAAGGUGGCCCCAGUGCUCCCCGACCUGAUUGUCCUCUGGCCCAGCCUCACCGGGCCUGUGUGCGGAGCCUGCUGCUGAGCGUGUUUAAAGGCGCCUCGGGGCCGCCAAGCGCCGGGGACCCUCAAUUUACCGGCAGGGACACUGAGGCCCAGCGAGGCCGUGGGUCUCCUGGCUGGCUCUCACCCACAUGGCGUUAUUUCAAUCUCCUCUUUUUCUUUAAUUUAUUUUGUUAAAUACGGUGAAAUCCACAUAAAAUUAACCAUUUAAAGUGGACCAUUCAGUGGCA